GAUGAACUAAAAUUGAAUCAAAGUAAGCUUUUUUAUAGUAAGCUAUAAAUAACAAUUAUAUUAAAAUAUUGUUAGAAAUGUUUGUUGAAACGUUCACUGAGACAACUUUUUACUAAGCACAGUGAAUUUGUAAUCACUUAUCACUUAUCAAAUCAUGAUGUUUGCAGUGUAUUUUGCUUUACGUAACCUUAUAUAACAGUGACCGUAGGUUUUUAACAACAAAAAGAGCAUACUUCAGAAGUAUAGUAUGAGCUACAUGAAAACAAUUUUCUGAUUUGAAAUGUAAACUUGAAAAAAACAUUUUUAUUUCUGUUAUAUGUACCAUCUCUUGUAUAUGCACAGUGAUACAGCAGAAUAUCAAUGAUUAUGAUGUGUAUAAGAAUCAUAGCCAGUCAACAGUAAUGACGGCUCUAUACUUUCAGAGAAGCUGUGGUGUGUUAUCAGACCCAGCAUGCCUGUCGAACUGUCCCUGCCCUAAAAUUAUGCCAUGAUUUGAAUAAGUCUGCUAUUUCCUUCAGUUCAGUAUACACAACCAAAUGACCUGCUCACCAGUCCAAAUCCUAUUAGAAUGAACAGAUAAAACAAACAUUUCUUCUUCAGAUUGAAUCAUCGCACCGUGUGAAUUGGUACCAUUUAUUAAAACAUAAGAUUCUGGUUUAAAAUAAACUGAGCAUUACCAUGGUACUUCUACCUGCACUGCUUCUUCUCUGGGUUGUUCCCCUUUCAAGUACAGAUCGACUAAGAAAAAAAUUCUACUUGCAUAAAUUUAUGCAGAAAAAUGAUGCAGUAACUGCUUGUAGACAUGACUACACUGACCUCGUCACAAUCUAUGAUGAAGAAGAGAAUACGAUGCAAACUAAAUUUUUAGUGAGUGGAUCUAAUUGUAGCUGGAUCAGAGCCAACGCUUGUACAUGGUCAAACGGCGAUAAUGUCACAUUCAUCAACCUCCCCAGAAAUUUUACUGAGGAAAGAUGCUGUGGUGCGCUGACCACUGGUGGAACAUGGGAGUGUUUCACCUGUAGUUCAAAGAUGUACUUCAUGUGUUAUAAACAAAGUAAUCCUAUUUUAAUCCCUGAAAACAAAACCUGGUUUGAGGCUCAGCGGUACUGCAAAAAUAAUCACAGUAAUUUAGUCAGUAUCAGAAAUGAGAUGGAAAAUGAACAAGUGAGGGAAGCGGUAAAUGGGAGUAACUCUGUCUGGAUUGGCCUUCAGUAUAAUUACAAGGUUGCAUGGUCUGAUGGAGGACCUUCUGAUUACAAACAAGAUGCUAAAGGAGUGUGCUUUACAUUUCUCUCAAAUUGUCCAACGAACUCUUCCAACACAAGUGAUCAGAAAACCUGUGCUCCUCUUUGCUACAAAAGGUUUAUUUAUGUCAGUGAGGAUGAAAUGCCCUGGAAGGACGCUCUGAAUCACUGCAACAAUCAUCAGAAAACAGCUGGACUGCUGCGUAUCGAGUCUAAGGAUGAUCAGAGAGAAACGGAGCGCGAGCUAAAAAGACAGAAUAUCUCGGGGCCAGUGUGGGUGGGGCUUAGACAGAGUCGACUUUUCGGAUUCUGGAUUUGGUCCAACGGCCUUUAUGUGGGACCCUGGACCAACUGGAAAGAAGGAAGUAAACCAAGCCAUCAAAAGUCCCAGCACUGCGGCGCCUUAGAGAAUGCGAACGGUACAUUCAAAUGGAGAGAUAAAGACUGCAGAUCUAGAUUUAGAGUUUUAUGUGAAGUAAAGUAAUGUACCUCUCUUGUAUGGUCUUUGGUUUAUUGUAUGCUUAGUUUUCAGCGCUCCGCCUCCCGAGAAUGAGGAAAAAGAGCUUAUGGGUUCAGUAGUAAACGGUGGUCCUGUAUCAUUCAUGUCUCAUAUAAUAAAGCUCUUAGGUAGCAGAAGCUAGUUGGUGAUUGCUGCUUCUGUUGCAUUUUCAUGUUUAUCUCAUUAAUUCAUUCAUCUUAUUAUUUUACUGUUGGACACCUUUAUGCCUCAUACUAAAAACUGAUAUUAAAAGUUGUUCAUGAA